AUGGAAAUCUGCCAAGUCGGGUCGCCUCUCCAAGCACCUCUCUUCCUCAUCUUGCUGCUCAACUGCUUAUCAGAUGCGACACAAAGUGGCGGAAUGAUUCCAGGGGAUACUCGCGUGGUAACUGGACCUCUUGACUCGGAGUUUAAAAUUCAAACCAUGCUUCCUGGUGUCUACACAAAAGUCGUGUCGGGAAUACAUGAGGUCGAAAUCACGGCUGGCAACUGCUCUACCCCGCUGUUCACUUGCACCAUAACGGAAGACAUGCCUUAUCGAACCGUUGCUACGGUGACCGGAAUCCUAACGUACGGCCUGACCCGGCUGACAUUUUUCGCCAACAACAGUCGAGCACCCAUUACAGUUCUCUUCUAUCCUGAGCACUACUGGCCUGUGAUAGACGGCAGUAAGUCUCCCUGUAUCAUGCUACUUUUCCUUUUUGUGCUUGUGGUUGCCAUGGCAGCCGGUCCACUCAACGUCAAAACGGCGUCACCCGAGGUCUUUAAUAAAGAUGAUUUGUUUGCCUUUUUAGGAUCCAUACAGUCACAGUUUACUCUUCCACUGGUGAUCAAUGCAAAGGGCAAGCAGGUUGUAACCUUCUCAAGCGUGAUUCUUCACACCUCGCUGUUUUCAGAACCAGCUGCUGAAAACUUUGACCACCAGAGUGUCAUUCUACAUCCUAAUUUUGCAAUCCUGGUUUUUUCCCAGUUUUCAGUUUACUUUUCCGCUGACCACUUGCUGGUUUAUGAAAACGAAGGUGCGGACAACGUCAAGAACUUUUCGCAGAUACUGAACUUCCAAGUUAAAGACAUGCCUUUCCACAAAAUCAUCGAAAUUACGGUUAAGGAACGGUGGUUAGUCGACUACUAUACCAUCUCAUAUGACAACUACCACGAUACCUACACGAUCGACUGGAUAAAACCAAACCUCAUUGAAGACUACCUCAGCAUUCUUCCACUUGGUGAAAUUACUAGCGCACUUAUUGACAGUGCAAGUCAGAACAGCUUAUUCGGCUCCCUUGUUUUAAUAGAUUGUCCACGUCGCAUCACCGUGGCAAUCCAUCUGUUAGCCAAACCUCACAGAACUCGGGACUCAAGGGAACCCAGAAAUCCUUCGAGAAUGCAACUCUGA